AUGCGUAGUGUUGAAACAGGAGAUCCAAACUUGAGCCCCGUCGAACACGCCAGCGAGCACGACGGCAACCCGCUCGACCUAUCCCUGGAUGUGAACAUGGAUUCCGAUGUGUCACAGCCUACUACACCUACAGUCGACUUCCCAAGUGACGCGUUUGCGCAUCCGCCAAAGUGCCUCCAAAGUCGACGAAGUGGCCCACCACCUACUGCAUCUUCGCAGUCAUGGAACUCUCCGAACUUCUGGAGUCAUCUCGAGGGUCUAGACCCCGAGCUGGAAUGCCUCGAGACAAACCCUGAUGAAAACGGGGAUUCAGGGUACCAAAUAGUAGUAACCCGCAUCAGCCCAGUGGACGAGAGUGUCAACAGCAACGAGUACGGGUACUACCAUGAAAAAAAGAAAAGCAAAGUGCAAUUGUCUACCAAUCCCGUCACUGUCCGUGAAUGGAUCCCGGUGAUGGCAGAAAGUAUCUCCAAGUCCAAGCAGCUCUUCCAGGAAGAACAAAAAGAGACGCUUUCCACGGACAUCAACUCCGAGGCUAUCAUGAAAGAAAUAAACAAGAACCGCCUAGCGUUCCUGAUCAAGGUCUCGCGAUGGAUGCGUCAGAAGUCUGAGUUGGUGGAAGAGUUAGCGCGCGUCCACCUGUGGUUUCGCUGCGUACACUCUUCUGUAGCCAAUGGCAACAAAUUCCCCACAAAGUGGAAAAAGCUCACGGGCUUUGCAGCUCCCUCAUCCCGCCCAGCACUAUUUAAACGCACGGCGGAGAUGCUUGUGAGCAUGAGCGACGAGGCAAAGUUGUACGAUACGUCCUUGGCGCUCGCCCUGUUCGAACUGAUGCUGAUUGCCGCAGCACCUGGCAUUUUUAACAACGACUACUGGAUUCAAACGUUGGCAAAGACCCACGUCCCGUGGAUCCAGACCUCAGAGGGAAGGCUUCUACACCCGAAUCACUCAAUCAUGCACACACUCACCCAGUUGCGAGACGGACAGUCGUGGCUAACCGAGGAAGCCGCCAUGCUCCAAAUGCAAGUGCGGGACGGCCACCUCCUGUUGGCAGCUGGCCCGCUGCACAUUGAGUGCUAA